AAACAAACUAAGUGAAAAUAAAUUUUGAAAACUGCAAAUAAAACGAUUUUAAAAUUGGCGAGAAACAGCAGAAAACCAAGAAGAAUAAACCAUGUAUAUUUAAAUUGUUUCCAUUUUUAAAUAAAAAAAAUCAAUUGUCAAACAACGUGCGAAAAAUUAACAACAACAUCAACCAGCCUUAGAAUCUCACUGCGAAAUUCACGUAAUAUUAUCAUCAUCAGCAACAUCGGACAUGUGUCAAUUAACCUCGACCAGACAAGUUGGAAAUAGAGUUAAUGCCGAAACGAACCUUAAGAACGACAUCUAACACCACCACCAAACCCCGCCACGAUGAAGAGACACACACCCGCGCAUAUUCCACAAAGAUCAACUCUAACAACAGCAACAACAACAAAUUCUUACAAUACAACACAUGUUCAACAGACACCUCCCUCGUUUAGUGGGAGCCUGGCCCGAAGUAGAGCAGAGCUCCCAGUUAUUGAAUCACCUACUACAGUGCUAAGCAAACAAACAUCUAGCAAUAGUUACAAAGAAGCAGAAGAGACAGACGAAGAACCGCUCAUUGUGGCCGUGGCCAAGAAAAAAAGUACAACACAACCGCUGGAUGGCCAGCAACAACAAGGAACAUUAAACAAGUCGAGGAGGGCAAGGUCGUCCGCGGCAGCCUUCUUCUGGUCACGAUGGUCACAACACUGGAGCCAACUGAAGCCAUCGACAGCCGCCUGCGUUUCGGCAUUUCUUUUGCUCUCAACGACAUGUUCCUUAUGUUCGGCCUCCUUGUGUGACCCCCAAAGCUGGUGGGAUCCCUACAAGGAUAAAUGCAUUCCUUGCACUGUGUGCCAGGGCGACAUGAUACCGCUGAGACCGUGUCAAAUGCAUCGUGACACCGUUUGUGGUUCGAUAUAUGAUUUGAAAAUCGAUUGGGUGGUGCUGGCGAAAACCGAACCCAAUUGGAAGGAGAGGCGAAAGUUUGAUGGUUCCGAUUAUGGAUUAGACCACCAUCAGUUGACUGCCGAACAAUUGCAGCAGCUGCAGGAUGAAACGGAUCCCAUGGAUUGGCAGACGGCAGCCUUAUUUUUGGCCGUUUUGGCCUGUCUGCUGUUUUUCAUUGUGGCCGCCUGUAUUCUGGUGCAUCAUAUGCGGCAGUGGCGACGCAUGGAACGUAGAUUAGAUCAAGAUGUCGAAGAACUUUCAACCAAACUCAUGGCCAAAUUGGCCGAGGUACAAAGUUUGGAGGGUGGCACAUUUUUCAUAGGCAAUGCCGAUGCCCUACGGAUACAGCCAUCUGCACCAGCCCUGCAGACAACGGUGGCAGCAUUUCAUCAGCCCCAGCAUGUCAUGUUACCAGAAAAAUCGGAUAAACAUCACAACCUCCACCUUCAUUCUGGGCAGCUGGGUGGACAACAUCAUCAUUUGCAGUCGCCACAUGACCGACAUCUUUUUAAUACAACAACAACAAAUACCCUAAAAUCGGGCAAUGUUUAUAUCGAGGAUGGAAAUGGAACUGGCUCGAAAUGCUAAAAGAAAAAAAAAACCACACUACUCCCGAAAUCAAAAAACAGCCCAAGAAUUCUUCAAAGCUAUCCGAACAACUAAAACCCCCUUUUUGUUUAUUUUUUUUCCUAAACGAUUUGAAAACUAAUUUUAGGCCACGGUUACAUUUAAGCCCUUUAUGGGGGUAAAGAAUUCUAUCAUGAUAAUUCCACGGUUUGGAAUAUAUGUAGAUUAUGAUACAACACUUAUCACAUUAAAGGGCUGUAGUGCAAACGUGGCCUGAGACCCCAAUACGGCAGCUAUUCUAUUGUCAAACAGAAUUGUAAAUUCUUUUGAAAUGAAAUUUUAAAUAUUAUAUUUUUAAGCCCAAAUUCUACGAACAAGAACAACAACAAACACAACAACCCUAAA